AAUGGAGGUCCAGUAUAGAAGAGCCCAACUGGUUAGGAAGCUCAUCUUCCCCACAUAGCUGCAGUCUGCCUUGCGACCGGUUCAAUAGCUCUGAACCAAUAUUCUAAGGCUGUAUGAGAUUGAAGAGUAAAGGCAAAUGAUGCUUAUUCAGAUUUUUCCCUUAAUUUUUCAAAUUAUGGUCAUAACUUAUAUGUUUAAGAAGUGAAUGAGGUAUUUUAAUCUGUAGAAAUUACACUCUUCGGUACGUAAAACUGAAUGGCGUCGACGACAACCUAUUUCAGCCCUUGAUCAUCGAAUAGUUCAUUAAGAUAACAACUCGUGUUGUUGGAAUGCUAAUGUGUUUGUUAUGAUUUGAGCUAUAUUUGGGAUUACCAUGAUUGCAGCUAACUAUUUCGAGCAGUGCGAAAUUUGACUCUUUUUUACAUCGUAUUCUCCGGGAAGCCUACUGUGAUAUGUUAAUGGAGACCAAAGAUAAAACUUUCUUCUUUGUUGCUGUUAUCAUCAUUAGUCUAGUCGUCGUUGUGCUCACUCGAUUGUUUUAUGUACUUUAUCGAACUGGAAAGCCCUUGCGUGCUAAAUGUUUAAAGUCAAGGAGCACUUUGAUUGUUUUGGGUUCAGGGGGGCACACUGCGGAGAUGAUUAAUGUGGUGGCUUUACUUCAGAAAGAUAGAUUUGUACCUAGAUUUUAUAUUGCAGCUGGUUCUGAUAAAAUGAGUCUGGAAAAAGCUCGUGUUUUGGAGGACUCUUUAGUUGAAAUGUCUCAGGACAAAGGUGUCUCUCCUAAGUACAUGCAAAUUUAUAGAAGCAGGGAAGUUGGUCAGUCUUAUAUAACCUCGACAGGGACAACUUUAUUGGCUAUUGCUCAUGCAUUGUGGCUAAUGAUGAAAAUCAGACCGGAAGUGGUUCUUUGUAACGGUCCUGGAACUUGUAUUCCUCUAUGCAUAAUUGCAUUCUUAUUCAAGGUGGUAGGGAUUAGAUGGUCAACUAUUUUUUAUGUUGAGAGUAUAGCAAGAGUGCAAAGGCUCUCUUUGAGUGGUUUGCUUCUCUAUAAGUUACGCAUCGCUGAUCAGUUUUUUGUGCAAUGGCCGCAACUACAGAGAAAAUAUCCCCGAACACAGUAUGUUGGUUGUCUGAUGUAGCUGAUCGUAUUCUGAUGCUGUCAUAAAUCUCGUUCAAGCAUCCGGGUUAACUCAGUUUUUGAAGUUCUACGGUAAGGUAAUCCAGUUUUAAAAAGUGUGUUGCAUGAGACAUGUAUAGAUAUACUAUACGGAGGGUGAUAUUGGGAAUCCAGUUCUUACUGCAUAAAUCUUUAAUAUUUUGAUCA